AUGGAUUCCCAAUGGCAGCAGAGCUACGCUGACUCAGGCGCCUCCUCGCGACGAUACAACAACGGCGCUGCUCAAAUCCCUCGCGAUUACGCUGGUCAAGUCCCCCCCCAAGGUCAUAGUCACACCCACAGCCAGGGCCAUAUCCAGGGCCAGAACCAACCCCCAGCCGGCUUCAAGUACGAGCAGUAUCAGCAAAGCCCCGGCGCCGCCCCCUCUGCUGCUUCGCCCAUGGCCUCGCCUCAGGUGCGCGACGGCAACGGCGACGUUGCCAUGCAGGACGCCCAGGACCCCUACGCCAGCAUGAAAUAUCCCAUGAGGCCGCACCACCAGUCUCACCUAUCCGGCAGCCGUCCUGCCAACCUACACUCGCCCCAGGAACCUUCGGCCGCCGCGCAGCGGUACUCCCCCAUGGAGGCCUUAUCGCCCACGUCUCCCUACGCGCCCAAGUCCGCCGUCCAAGGUCAAUUCGUCAGCCCCCCCGACCAGAGGCAAUCGCCCACGAGACAGCAAUCCGACUACAACCCUCAGAGUCCCUACUACGCCGGGCGCCAGCAGGCUCCUCAGCUGCCCCCCAUCACGCCCUAUACCUCGACCCACGAUGGAUACCCAUCCUCGGCUGUCGCCAACCUCGAUGGAGCUUUCGCCGCUGCUGAUCCCAAGUCACCCCGUCGUCCCGUCGCUGCGCUCAACAAGAGUGUCGUUCCCGAGUUCAAGCCGGUUCGUGCUCUGACCGACCUUCGACCAAAAGUCAGCGCUCAGCCGCCGUUUCGCCGAGCGAACCCCGAAGGGGGCUUCAUCAGUCCUCUGCAAGCUCUUACAGUCCACCUCCCGGCCACCUACCGCAUCUGCAACCCCAACUUCAAAUACGAGUCGUCGCGCAACCCCCGGCGUGUUCUGACCAAACCGAGCAAGGGUGUCAAAAAUGACGGUUUCGACAACGAAGACAGCGAUUACAUCCUUUAUGUGAAUGAUAUCCUCGGCUCAGAGGAGGCUGGUCACAAGAACCGAUAUCUCAUCCUCGACGUGUUGGGCCAGGGGACAUUUGGUCAGGUUGUCAAGUGCCAGAACUUGAAGACUCAGGAGGUUGUUGCCGUGAAGGUUAUCAAGAACCGCACAGCUUAUUUCAACCAGAGCAUGAUGGAGGUGUCUGUCCUUGAUUUGCUCAACACCAAACUGGAUAAGAAUGAUGAUCACCACCUCCUGCGACUCAAAGACACAUUCAUCCACCGCCAGCAUCUCUGCCUCGUGUUCGAGUUAUUGAGCGUCAACCUCUACGAACUCAUCAAGCAGAACCAGUUCAGGGGACUCAGCACGACCCUCGUUCGCGUCUUCGCCCAGCAGCUGCUCAAUGGCCUUGCGCUUCUCAACAAGGCUCGCUUGAUCCACUGCGACCUGAAGCCCGAAAACAUUCUUUUGAAGAACCUGGAGAGCCCUAUCAUCAAGAUUAUUGAUUUCGGCUCCGCGUGUGACGAGCGCCAGACUGUGUAUACCUACAUUCAGUCUCGAUUUUACCGUUCUCCCGAAGUCCUGCUGGGGUUACCAUAUUCGUCUGCCAUCGACAUGUGGUCUCUUGGCUGCAUCGUGGUCGAGCUGUUCCUGGGUCUCCCCCUCUUCCCUGGAUCGUCCGAGUACAAUCAAGUCUCACGAAUCGUCGACAUGCUCGGCAACCCGUCCAACUGGAUGAUCGAAAUGGGAAAACAGGCCGGCGAGUUCUUUGAGAAGCGGCAGGACGAGUUUGGGCGCCGCACAUAUCAGCUCAAGCCCAUGGAACAAUACGCACGGGAACACUCAACCAAGGAACAACCCAGCAAGAAAUACUUCCAGGCGAACACUCUUCCGGACAUCAUCAAGACCUAUCCCAUGCCGCGGAAGAACAUGAAACAGAACGAGAUCGACAGGGAAAUGAACAACCGCAUCGCUUUCAUCGACUUCGUCCGCGGGCUGCUCAAUAUCAACCCGCUAGAGAGAUGGUCUCCACAGCAGGCUAAGCUGCACCCUUUCAUUACUCAACAGAAGUUCACUGGUCCCUUUGUACCCCCCAUGAACCUCAAGUCGAGCUCGCUUAACAGGUCUCCGGCUCCUGGUACGCAGCAACAGCAGCAAGCAGAGGCGCUGAGCAAACAGCGUGCCCAGGCAGCCCAGGCACAGGCCCACUCGGCGGCGCAGGGGGCUUAUGCAUCGAUGAACGCGCAAUACCAGCAGGCCGGACACGCCCCAGCAACGCAGUCCAUGUAUGGUAGUAACGUCAUGUACUCUCCUGGCGGCAAUCACGCCCCACAGCCGCCUGCCUAUGGCCCCCAGCCGGGUGGUUAUGGGCAACAGCAGGUGGUCUUGUCUCAGGCGCCGCAGCAGAUGCCUGCAGCUCCUUAUGGCCAGCAGCCCAACAUCAACCAAGGCGGUCUCUACCCGCAAAACAACAUGCGCGCCGGGCGCCAGCGGGCUUCGACAAUGGAUCAGCAGCAAAGCGGGAUCCCUGCUGCCAUCCAGCGCGUUGCUAGCCACCUUGACCCCAGUCAGCCCAUCAGGCUUCAACCGAGCCCAGCAUACUACCCGCCACCGGGCGAAGGUAUGUCGGGGGUUGAGGGCACGCCAGGCAGGGCAGGACGACGCGAUAGCCGCGCGCAGCAACAGGGGCGGAGGGGGAACAACCGCGAUUUCAUCCGCAACCUCGAGGAGCGGACGCUCGAAGAGGGCUUCAUGGGUAGCCAGAAUAACCCCUGGCACUGA